CACUGCCCUAUGCAGAUGGCUGAAGAGGUGGGUCGAGCACCCUCUGACCGGCACUCAGGAUGCUACUUAUUCUCACCUUGUUGCAGGUGUGGACACUGCCAACGGUUGCAGCCUACUUGGAACGACCUAGGAGACAAGUACAACAGCAUGGAAGAUGCCAAGGUCUAUGUGGCAAAAGUAGACUGCACAGCUGACUCGGACGUGUGCUCGGCCCAGGGGGUGCGAGGAUACCCCACCUUGAAGUUUUUCAAGCCCGGCCAAGAAGCUGUGAAGUACCAGGGUCCUCGGGACUUCCAGACACUGGAAAACUGGAUGCUGCAGACACUGAACGAGGAACCUGCCACACCAGCACCAGAAGUAGACCCACCCAGAGCUCCCGAGCUCAAGCAGGGGCUGUAUGAGCUCUCCGCCAGCAACUUCGAGCUGCACGUCGCGCAAGGCGACCACUUUAUCAAGUUCUUCGCUCCAUGGUGUGGUCACUGCAAAGCUCUGGCUCCGACCUGGGAGCAGCUGGCUCUGGGCCUUGAACAUUCCGAAACUGUCAAGAUUGGCAAGGUUGAUUGUACACAGCACUACGAGCUCUGUUCCGGAAACCAGGUUCGUGGCUAUCCCACUCUUCUCUGGUUCCGAGAUGGUAAAAAGAUUGAUCAGUACAAGGGAAAGCGGGAUUUGGAGUCGCUGAGAGAAUACGUGGAGUCGCAGCGCCAGAGCGUGGAGAGGGGCGCCCCCGAGACGGUGGAGCCUUCGGAGGCCCCGGUGCCAGCCACCGAGCCCGUGGCCGCCCAGGGCACUGUGUUGGCACUCACAGAAAAUAACUUCGAUGACACCAUUGCAGAAGGAAUAACCUUCAUCAAGUUCUAUGCUCCAUGGUGUGGUCAUUGUAAGAAUCUGGCUCCUACUUGGGAGGAACUCUCUAAAAAGGAAUUCCCUGGUUUGGCAGGAGUCAAGAUCGCCGAGGUGGACUGCACUGCUGAGCGGAGUGUUUGCAGCAAGUACUCGGUACGAGGCUAUCCCACAUUGUUGCUUUUCCGCGGAGGAAAGAAAGUCAGUGAGCACAGUGGGGGUAGAGACCUCGAAUCCUUGCACCAGUUUGUUCUGCGCCAGGUGAAAGACGAACUGUAGAAACCCAGAUGGAAGUCGCCUCUGCUGCCUGGCCUCCUGUACCCUGUGUAUUGGAGCUAAAUCAUGUGGAUGUCACUGAGUUUCAAAUGGUGGUUAUUCAGAAAGCUGAAUGUACUAAACUUGUGGUAUCUUCUUUGUGUGUGUGUUUUUUAAGCCAACAGACUCUUUAUUAAGUUUCUCUAAGUAAACAUGUAACUCAUGAUCCCUUUGCAAACUAAAUAUUUUCAGUGGCGAUCUGUCGUCCCCUUUAACCUUCUCUUGAUGAAAUCUAAAUGGUUUCCUUUGAGACUAAAAUAGAGUUGAGGAAAA